ACCUUAGCUUCAUCCAAAUACAAUCAAUCAUGAUUUCAUCAGAGGCUGCAACAAUCCACUACUUAGCUCAAGAAAAUCCCUCAUCACUUCCUAUUGAUUACACCUUCAUGCACAAAAACUUCCAAUUCAACAACACAUUCCUAACCAACAACUAUCAGUCGUUUACUUUUCCUAUUCAAGACUUGAUAAGUACACAACCUGCAUCAUGCAUCAGUAGUAACUCAACCUCGGAUGAAUCGGAGGAACAACAACAUAGAAUCAUCGAUGAACGAAAGCAGAGAAGAAUGAUAUCAAACAGAGAAUCAGCUAGAAGAUCAAGGAUGAGGAAACAAAGGCACCUUGAUGAGUUAUGGUCACAAGUAGUUCGUCUUAGAACAGAAAAUCAUAAUCUAAUAAAUAAGUUAAACCAAGUCUCAGAAUCUCAUGAACAAGUUGUUCAAGAGAAUAUGCAGCUCAAGGAUGAGGCUUAUGAUCUUCGUCGAUUGCUUGUAGACAUUCAAGUUGCUACUCCUUUCAAUGGUUUCAGCAACAUAGACGAUAACGUUCCAUCUAGUCUAAAGACUGAAUCAUCAAACCAAUCCACCACAGAGAGAAAAUUAGAGUGAGCUGGACAUAUUUUCAAUGUUGUUCCUUCAUCAUGUUGUUCUCUUUUUACCUCAAUGCCAAUGAGUUUAAUUUUUAGUUGAAUAUAUAUGUGAAGCAUCAUGUUAGACUAUAUGAUCUCAGUUUGCAAUUAA